CCCUCGCCCUGAAGAAGAAGAAGAAGAAGAAGAAGAAGAAGUUCUCUUCACAUUAUGGCGAAUCGUCGGGGCUUUAUUGAGCGAUUUGGGAGAUUACCCAAAAGCUGGGGCUGAAGAGGUAACUCUGUUCUCUUCGAAAUUUGGGAUUUUCGCUCUUAUUUUCCCUGCAUCUUCUCAAAUAUCUUCGAAGUUACUAUGACCCACUGGAGGAAAACCCUAGCUUUGGUUUCUCGAUUUGGUUCAGUGGAAACUCGCGGUUUGUCAAAAGCCCUAGCUUUUUAUGCUGCCGAUGCUCUCUGCUGUAGGAAGAUUUCAACUUUCCGAUUUUUUCGAGAUCUAUGUGUGAUAGAGUCAUCAGCUUCCAAAUGGGCGUCUCCCUUUUCUUCUAAAAGAGCAUGUUCCUCCCAUGCAAGCACACGUUCUUCGGCGAAAACCUCGUCUUUUGCGAGGAGUAGAGGUUUUAGUAAUGAAGCUACAGCUCAAAGCCCUAGAGCUGUUGAGGAAGAUCAAGAAGCAAUUUUGGAACUGUUGCAAGGAGCGAGACGGAGCAGCCGUUCGGUGGUGGAGGCUCAGGAAGCACUUCUGGACUACCUUCACUGCACUCGAGGAUUAAACUUCCCCGAUGCCGAGCACAUGAGUAAACACUCCCCUGUUUUUCUCCAGAAGCUACUGGAGAAGGUCGAAAAGGAGGAAGAAAUAGGCAAGGCAUUGACCCGGUUCUUUCGCUACCACCCUAUUAAUGAAUUUGAGCCGUUCUUCGAGAGCAUAGGUCUUAAGCCCGGCGAGUUCAAUUCAUUUCUGCCUCGUGAUUUAAUGUUCCUUUCUGAUGAUGAGCAGUUGCUAGAGAAUUUCCGUGUUCUUUGCAAUUAUGGGAUUGCUCGUAGCAAGAUAGGGAAAAUAUAUAGGGAUGCUACCGAAAUUUUUAAGUAUAAAUCGGGCGUAUUGUUAUUGAAGCUUCAGGCUUAUGAGGGAUUGGGACUCAGUAAGAGUAGCGUUAUCAAGGUUGCGGCAGCAACUCCAGUUGUUUUGAUCGGUGAAGUUAAUGGGGAACUUGUAAAAGUUCUGGAGGGCCUAGACGAUUUUGGAAUCCAGCGAGAUUGGAUCGGGAGUGUUUUGUCCGAUAAAAAGUUCUAUGAUUGGCGUAGGAUGAAUGCUCUUUUACAGUUUUUCAUCGAAUUAGGAUUUAGUAAAGAAGAAAUGGGAGAUUUGAUUAAAUGGCAUCCGGACUUUUUGCUCGAUGGUUCUGGAAAGAUGGUUUUCUCAGUGGUUGCACUUUUAUCUAAGUUGGGAGGAGGAAAAAAGGAUUUAUUCGAUCUAUUUUCAAACUUCCCAAACAUUACGAUCGGCAAUUUCACGAAGAACUUUCGAAAGGGUCUGCUAUUCUUAAUUGAGAUUGAAAUGAGUCCUGAGGAUAUUGAAAAGCUUUUGGUUUCUCAUCCAGAAAUAUUUGGUUCUUGUUCGCUAAAGAAACCGAAUAGCAUCUUCACAUAUCUUAAUGUCGGGAAAAAGCGUUUGUGUAGAAUUAUACAGGAGGAUCCGCAUCAGCUAAAGAAAUAUACAUUGGGGACGAAACUAUAUCGUCUCCCGAACUCUGGUGCAGAUGAAAGAUCACUUAGAGAGAAGAAGAAAUUUUUGAUAAAAAUAGGGUUUGCUGAGGAAUCAGAAGAUAUGAAGAAGGCACUCAAGGUUUUUCGCGGUAAAGGUGAUGAACUUCAACACCGCUAUAAUUUUCUGGUCGAAGCUGGUUUGGAUCCGAAUGAUGUGGUUAAUAUGAUCAAAUUAGCUCCACAGGUUCUGAACCAGAAGAUAGAUGUCCUUGAGAGAAAAAUUAGCUUCCUUGUAAAUAACUUAGAAUACCCGUUAAGCUCACUGGUGGCCUUCCCCUCGUAUAUGUCGUACACUGUUGAGAGGGUCAAACUUAGGUUCUUGAUGUACAAUUGGCUCAAAGAUAGGGGAAAAGCUAGUCCGUGUUUAGCACUGAGCAGUGUCCUUGCUUGUUCUGAUAAGGUGUUUAUGAAGAAGUUUGUAAAUCACCAUCCAGAGGGUCCUGAAGUUUGGGAAAACUUCAAGAAAGCAUUAUCAUUGGGCUAAUUAUGUACCCUUAUUUUAUUAUAUUCUGUUUUUAACAUAGAUCUUCUCCUUUGAAUCUAUUAACCAAUUAGCAAUUUAUUAUACCACAAGUUAAAUAAUUAUGGACAAAUAUGAUUAACUUGUUGAAAGCUCACUCUUUUUUUUUUUUU